AUGUCUCAGCUGUCUAUUUGCAUCAACAGAAGGCUUGAUUCUUUAUCACCGAUAUCAUUUGGGCCUUUUAUCUUCAAAAUUAAUGAACAAUUACGCAGGCAAAAUAAGAAAGCCUAUGAACCAGAAAUACUCAGUGUUGGUCCUUAUCACCACGAAAAAGUUAACCUCCAAAUGAUGAAAGAGUACAAACUAUGGUACCUGCAUGAUCUACUUAAACGAAGAAAUGAGAGUGUGGAUGAAUACGUGGAAGCCUUGACAAACUUGGAGAAGGAAGCACAAAAAUGUUAUGUAGAACCCAUUAAACUGAAGAAGGAUAAGUUUGUGGAAAUGAUGCUACUGGAUGGGUGUUUUAUCAUCGAGUUAUUUCAUAAGUUCAACAAUCCAACCUUAAGAUAUGCACACGACCCCAUUUUCCAAAUUCUUAAGAUUCGGAAAAGUAUUCGACGUGACUUACUGUUACUUGAGAACCAAAUUCUAUUCUCUGUCCUCAUCAAAUUAUUUGGUAUGUCCGAAAAUUCCAUUCUCUUAGUUCCCUUGGCCCUCAACUUUUUUCAUGCAACCAUUUCAUAUUUUCCGCGUUCACAAACUUCCAACAAUCAACCAACCACAAUUCCAAAAUAUAACGACCAUCAUCUUCUAGGCCUAGUACAUGAUGCCUGGUAUUCUUCUAUUGUUGAAAAGGGCCCCUCUCCUCGGACUGAUACAAACCACGGAUUCACAAAAUGUGUUGUAGAGGUCCUAAAAUCCGCGAUUGAAUUCAGUAAGUGUAAAAACAGUUCCUCAUCGCACGAUAUUGAUCUUGAAAACGAGUCUUCUCAUGGGAUUGAUACAAACCAUGAAUUCAUAAAAAGUGUUACAGAGCUUCGAGAAUGCGGGAUUAAAUUCAAGAAGACUAAAUGUUCCUCAUUGCUCGAUGUUAAGUUUGAAAAUGGUAUCAUACAAAUCCCUACUCUUCCAGUUGAUGAUAAUAUAGAGUCGCUAUUCAGAAAUCUGAUUGCUUACAAGCAAUACAGUGGAGGAACUGGGAAAACUUAUAUGACCGACUAUACGACUUUUAUGGAUUGCCUCAUCAAUUCCCCUAAGGAUGUCGAAAUACUUCGCCACUCUGGAAUUAUUGAUAAUUGGUUAGGUGAUGAUAAAGUUGUUUCUACCAUAUUUAACAAAAUGUGCAAUCAGGUCGUGCUCAAUGUAGAUUCUAAAACGUUCUAUUAUGAGAAAGUGUUCAAGGAAGCUAACGAGUAG